AAACAAUCUUAUAUUAUGGAACAGAUGAAGUACCAUAUAAGUGUUUCGACAGGAUUUUUCAAGAUAAAAACAAAAAUCAGUAGGCAUAUUCAUCUUCCGUAGCAAUCAUUCUCAUAAAUCUCUAGAAAUUUCGAUAGGAUUUUUUUCAGAUUUUGUGUUUCACAUUGAAGAUGACAUGUCCCACAUUCGAUAUAUAAAUUGAAUGAGGGGUAGCCUCCCUCAAAAAACAUAUCAUAUUGUUAUAAUUCUCAUUUUUCAAUAAUUUUCUUUAAAUAGUGCGCGAAAUGAAUUCAAGAUUCACCCGUUCGAUUUCUUCCUCAAGGUGUGAUGAGCAGAGUGGAAAUGAGAUGAACAAAGGGGAUGAAGAGAGUAGUAAUUACACUGGUGUGAGUAUCUUAAGUAUGAGGGGAGGUGAUUGACACAAUAGUUACGCUACCAACUCUCUUCUUCAGAGAAGAGUUCUAUCAAUGAGCAAGCCCAUAUUGGUUAAAAACACCAAAGAAAUGGUGACAAACUUGGACUUUUCUAAAUGCAUUAAAGUAGCAGAUUUGGGCUGUUCUUCUGGACAAAACACAUUUUUGGCGAUGUCUGAGAUCGUCAACACAAUUAAUGCGUUAUGUCAGGAACGGAACCAAAUCCCGCCAGAGAUAGAUUGUUGUCUGAAGGAUCUCCCUGGUAAUGAUUUCAACACGACGUUCAAGUUCAUAAGUUUCUUCAACGAGAAGCUCACAAGCAAAACACCAUGCUUCGUCUCUGGAGUUCCUGGUUCCUUUCACUCAAGGCUCUUUCCUAGCAAGAGUCUCCAUUUCAUUCAUUCAAAUUGCGGUCUUAAUUACCUCUCUAAGGUUCCUGAAGGUCUGGAGAAGAACAAGAUGAGUGUGUACAUAACAAGUUCAAGUCCUCUAAGUGAAUACAAGGCUUACUUGAAUCAGUUCCAAAAAGAUUUUACUACAUUUCUACGAAUGCGGUCUGAAGAGAUGGUAUCUAAUGGACGAAUGGUUAUCACAUUACUCGGCAGAAACGCUAUAGAUGAUCCGUUGUACAGGGACUGUUGUCAUCAUUUGACAUUGGUAUCCGAUUCUCUCCGCGACCUUGUCUUCGAGGGACUUGUGAGUGCAUCAAAGGUGAUUUCAUUCAACAUGCCACUUUAUGAUCCGACCGACGAAGAAUUAAAAGAAAUUAUUAUAAAUGAGGGGUCAUUCCAAAUAAACGACUUAGAGACACAUGCAUUUGAUCUUGGCCAUAGUAAGGAAGAAAAUAGGGAAUCAUGUAGAGCUAAACCAGGGGAAAAAGAGGCUAAUUGCAUUAGAGCAGCGUUUGAAAUGAUGCUCGUAGCUCACUUUGGAGAUGCCAUUAAUAUCGAUACAUUGUUUGCAAAAUAUGCACACCAUGUUUCUCAACAUGCUAGCUGCAUGAGAAAAACGUCUGUCAUUUUAGUGGUUUCAUGGUUCGGAAAUAAUCUUACUAUAUAUCAAGGAAUAACUUGUGUUGUGCUCAUGUAUCGACACAAAAAAAAAACUUGUGUUGUGCUCAUGGUUUGCUAUGCCUCCAAUUCAAAACUACUUGCAAUAAAUGGAUUGACACAUACCAUUUACAUAUUUUUAUAUAUUCAGUAUAAAAAUAUUUUAUAUUUGUAAUGAUUAAGAUUAUGAUAUCAUACCCUUAUUUAAUUUAUAAUA